AUAAAAGUGAAAAGAGGCCUGUGGAUUUUGGGCUGAUUUUUCCAGAAGUUGCAUAGUUGGGAAUAACAGUGACGUGUUCUAAUGAAAUAACCAGGACUUCCUUUCUGAAAAUCCCGUUUUUUCCCAGUGACAAUAAACAAUUUGCGAAAUAUUAACUGAUAACUGACCUCUGGGAUUAUCUCUGUUUUUAUGUUGACUUUUGGAAGUUGAAAUGAGGUUUUGCAAAAAAGGCCCCUUUCUCUUCCUAGCCCUGAACAUCAUCAUCACUGCAGUAUCAUGUGAGGAUUUAGGACAACAGAGACUGCAACCUGAAUCUCAGCUCUAUUCGGCAGAAGUUCAAGAGAUAGCCGAUCGACUUCGUGCUGAAUACAAUGCAGCCGUUGCAUCAUCUCCGUCCAAGUACCCACAUCAAGUGAGCGGUACUUAUGAAAAGCAAUACAGGACUUCAGGGAGAGGAUGCGGUGAUACCGGUUGUGCUACAUCAGUCACCUCAAAAGUCACCCAUUCUUCCAAUUUUGAUGCCAAAACACAGGCAGAAGUGGACACAAUGGCCAAAGAUUUAGCCCAAGAGAUCAUUAAGGAUAUGCAAACGGGUAAACUUCAGUACAGUCAAAUUUCCCAGCCCAAUUGGUUUGAACAGAGAGCUGCCCAAGAACUUGAAGCAUUCAACAGUGGAAUUCGUCAAUCUCAGAGCCAAUCUCAAUACAUGGGUUCGUCGGGAAGGUUUCAACAGCAGCAGCAACAGCAACAACAAUCCUAUGGACCCUACUACAAUCCCCAAUCCAGCUAUGUAUCUCAGACCAACAUUCACGAUUCAUCACGCACUGUCGUCACUCAUCGUCCACAAGUCACAUCAUCCCGUCAUCACGUCUAUGAUCAUCUCUAUGAGGAGCGCUUGCCAAAUUACCAACCUCCCCACAUGAUUCACACAAAUAUCGAGAAUGACUAUGGUGAUACUCAAGUUCAGCAGAAAAUAAAUUUCAACCAAAAUGGCCACACAUACCAUCGCCUGCCCAUUCUUAUUCGACCAGGAUCUGGGUCAGUUCAAGUCAAUUACACCGUUAGCAUGUACAAUCGCAGUGCUGAUGGUUCCAGGAGUCCACCCAGUACCCAUGUUGUGACCUUCAACCGAAAUUUCACCGAAGAAAACAAGAGGGAACAAAUUCAGUCAAUUUUGGAAGAAAUUACACGACUAAACCGAAGUCAGUUGCAUGGGAUUGAUGAUUUGCUAUCAUCCCUAGUUAUUGAGAUAGACGAUACUAAUAUCGGAACAAAUAAACAGGAGAUUCAGGACGAAAUAUACAAACUCAUUGAGCAAAUCCGAAAUCAAACUACUUACAAUACCGGUUGGAGAUAUCCAUAUUCAGGAAAUCGUGUCACGGAAGAAGAACUUCUUUAUCAAGAAGUUCAGGAACUUAUUCGAAAUUUUUCACAUAUGAUCAAUACGCCACAGCCUAGACCUCAAAACACUCUAUCAUCCUACAUUCUUUCCAUCCAACAUUCCUUUACCGAGGAAGAAAGAAGAACACAGACAGCGGUGAUCCAGCAAGAGAUCAAACGUUUGACUGAAGAGAUCAGAGUCUGGAGAAAUGCUCAGGGAGUCAGUGAGGAACAGAGACGACAGGAAAUCUAUGCUCUGCAGCAAGAAAUUCAGAGACUUCGUCAAAUUUUGACCGAGUGGAAUCAACAAGUUGUAUUAACUCCAAAUGUCGGUCAGGUAUCUUCUCACAUCAUCCAAAUCGAGCAUACUCUGAACCAGGAAGAGAAGCAGAGACAAACCUCUAUUAUCCAGCAAGAAAUUGAGCGACUGAGACACGAACUCGAAAGAUGGCAGAGACAUUCAACUGGAAAUGCUCAGCAACGUCAGCAGCAGAUUAAUUUGAUUUGGAAAGAAAUUAGCACCCUCAAUCAGAUCAUUGAAGAUUGGAAAUCCAAUCAAGUAAACUACCAGGAAACCCCUCUAUCAACCUAUAUCUUCACAAUAGAGAAUACCUUGACUGAGCAGGAGAAAGACGAACAAUCCCAAGUGAUUCAGGAUGAAAUUCGAAGACUACGCCACGAAAUGGAACAAUUUAGUAGGAUGACAACGGAUAAUGAACAAAGAAGACAGGAACAGAUUUAUGAGUGUCGUGAAGAGAUCAAUAAACUCACAAGAAUUAUUGAGGAUUGGAAGGCCACUAAACCUACUCUGACUCCGCAAAAUCAACUCUCAACACACAUCAUCACGAUCGAAAAUAACUUGACCGAGGAAGAUAAAUCUUAUCAAAGUGAAGUGAUCAAUACAGAGAUUCAGAGAUUGAGGCAAGAACUGGAGAGAUGGAAGCAUCUACAACAUGUCAAUGAGGACAAAAGAAGGGAUCAGAUCAAUCUCAUUCGGCAGGAAAUAAACAAAUUAACCGAGAUCAUUGAGGAAUGGAAGGAAACAAAGGCUACCUUGCAGCCUGAGAAUCUGUUAUCUGAGCACAUCAUCACCAUUGAAAAUACCUUCACUGAGGAAGACAAAGAGAAGCAAUCUGUGCAGAUUCUCAGCGAAAUUGACCGACUCAGACAAGAAUUGGAGCGAUGGAAACAUUUGCAUCAUGUCAAUGAGGAAAAGAGAGUCCAACAAAUUCAGCUGAUCAAUCAAGAAAUUAGCAAGCUCUCCCAUAUUAUUCAGGAAUGGAAAGAAACCCGGCCAACGAUUGUUCCUGGAAAUCAGCUAUCUCAACAUAUAGUUACAAUUGAGAAAACUUUCACAGAAGAAGAUCGCAGUCGUCAAAAUGCAGUGAUCCAGGAAGAGAUCAAUCGAUUGAGGCAGGAACUUCAGAGAUGGUCUCAUAUGCAGAAUGUUCAGGAAGAGAAGAGACAAAGCCAAAUUGGACUGAUCAAGGGUGAGAUAAGUAAACUCACAGAAAUCGUGGAGGAAUGGAGAGAAAGUCGACCAACGGUUACGGAUCAAAAUCGCCUAUCAACUCAUUUCAUCAAGAUUGAGAACUCCUUGAGUGAAGAGGAGAAAGUGGAACAGAACAGUGUAAUUCAGCAAGAAAUUGCACGUUUGAGGGAAGAGUUGCAGAAAUGGACAAGACUCCACCAUGUUAAUGAACAAGAAAGACAGAACCAAAUCCAUCUGAUCAGGAAUGAAAUCAACAAACUUACCGAAAUUGUUGAACACUGGAAGGAAACGCGUCCAACCCUUACAGCUGAGAAUCAACUGUCCACUCACAUUGUAACAAUUGAGAGAAAUCUCACGGAAGAGGACAAGACCCACCAGACACGAGUGAUUCAGGAUGAGAUCAAUCGUUUGAGGCAGGAGCUCCAUCGUUGGACGCAAAUGGCCAAUGUUAAUGAGGAGAGGCGUCAGGGUCAAAUUCAAAUGAUCAGAACAGAGAUCAAGAAACUUACAGAGAUUGUGGAAGACUGGCGCCAAACUAAGCCCACUCUUACAGCUGAAAAUCAACUUUCUACCCAGAUCAUCAUCAAGGAAAAUACCAUGACGGAGGAAGAGAAAGUUCAACAGAGUGCCGUGAUCCAAGCUGAAAUCCAGAGACUACGACUCGAGCUUGAACGCUGGAGGAGGCUUCAGAACGUCAACAAGGAGAAGCAACAACAGCAAAUUACGCUCAUUCAGGAGGAAAUUCAGCGCCUAACAGAGAUUGUUAAUGACUGGAACUCCAGUCAGAUCACCAUAAUUCCAGGAAAGCAGAUGUCAUUGCACAUCAUCAGUGUGGAAAAUACCCUCACGGAAGAGGAUAAACGACAGCAGACUGGGCUGAUUCAGGCGGAAAUUUCAAGACUCCAACAAGAGCUAGAGAGAUGGAAUCACCUGACCCAUGUGAACAAUCAGAAGAAGCAGCAACAAGUCUUUGCCAUUUGGCAGGAAAUAAAUGCCCUCACGAGAAUUCUUGAGGAUUGGCGGAAUACUCAAGUUCCUGGACCUGAAAAUCUCUUGUCAUCCCAUAUUGUGGCCAUAGAAUCUACCCUCACAAAUGAAGAGAAACUUCUCCAGACAGUCAUUAUCAAGGAUGAAAUUGCACGACUGAAGGAAGAGUUGGAAAAAUGGACGAGAGAAACCAAUGAAAAUCAGCAAGUUCGACAAAGAGAAAUGGCAUGGAUUCGUCAGGAAAUACAAAAACUACAGGACAUUCUCCAGAAUUGGCAAUUGACAGAAUCUCAGACUUCUGGAGGGCUAUUAUCUGCCCAUAUUCUCUCAAUAGAGCACACCUUGACUGAGGAACAGAAACAACGUCAGAUUAUCGUGAUCAAGGAAGAACUUGUGAGAUUGAGGCAAGAGCUGGAGAAGUGGAAACGCCAAGGAAACAUCAAUCGUGAGGAUAGGGAGCAGCAGGUCUUCUGGAUUCGCCAGGAAAUCAACAAACUCAAUGAGAUCCUGGCCAAUUGGAAGGCCAAGGAUGAAAUUGGAACUGGAGGACAACUCUCAACGUACAUCCUUUCCAUUGAACACUCCCUGACCACUGAGCAAAAAGAUGAGUAUGCCAAGAAGAUCAAUGAGGAAUUGGCCAAACUGAACAAUGAACUAAAGACUUGGAGUCUUCAGCAAGGGAAUACCGUUGAGAAGCAAAAACACACGGGAUUAAUUUUGGAAGAGAUUCGAGUGCUUUCUAAGAUUUUGGAAGAUUGGAAAUUGGAGAGGAUUCCUCUGGACUUUAGUAAACUUUCCUCCCACAUCCUCACCAUGGACUCUACUCUAUCUGCUGAGGAGAUUGAGCACAGGGAGAAGCAAAUUAGGCAGGACAUCAGGAGGCUUCGAGGAGAGUAUCAGAAAUGGGCUAGUCAGAGGAAUAUUGAGGAGAGUGAGAGGCAACGUCUGCUGCGAUUCAUCCAGCAAGAGAUUGAUCUGCUCAAUCAUAUCCUGGAAGAGUGGCAGAGAAGAGCCAACAGUGCUACUCUUCUUUCUCAGUUUAUCCGUUCAAUUGAACAGAGACUCAACAAUGAGAGUAAGUACUUCUACUCCCUGCUGAUCAUCCAGGAAAUUGAGCGGCUCCAGCGAGAAGGAGCUCGUUGGAAUAAAGCCCAUGAGAGUGAGAGUCAAUCGCUCUGGUAUAUUGAGGAAGCCCAUGGAGGAAGCAAUUUCCAGGAAGUCAAGCAGAGACAAUUACGCAUCAUGCACGAUGAAGUGCACAGAUUGGCCCAAAUUCUCAGGGAAUGGGGUUGGAGGAAGACAACUGCCGGCAGAUGGAUCCAUCCCAUUUAUACUCAGUUCACAGAUUUGGGUGCCCGAUACCCAACAGUUUUUAUCCACAAUAAGAACGGAUCUGGCUCUCAUCGGCCUCCACAGAAGGCAAUUAACAAAGAUCGUGGGGAUCAGCCUCCUCAACAAUUUGAGGAUGACUAUUUCUCAGAGGAGGAACUCGAAUUGGAACCAGGAAUUGGGCUCUAUCCUGUGAAGCCGGAGAUUGGACUAUCUACACCAGCACCUAUUAGAUUGCCUCCACCCGAACCCAUCCCAGUCGUUGUGCCACAGAGCCAGAGAGAAUACAGGAGGAGGGAGUACCAGAAGACGACAAUAACCAGAACAAAUCAGGCAGCAGUGCCACAAUUUCACCUGACUGCAUCAGCCAGUGCUCAAGCCUUUGGAGGACAAAAUCAAUUCUCUUCUGGAUGGGUAACUCCACGAAUAACAGCUGGGGACCCGAACUAUGACAAAUUGGAAAGCAUGGCUCAUACCCAGACACACUCAAAUGCAAGAGCCACAAGAAUAAAUCGACAAGGAGUCACAGGACAGGAACCUCUGAAUGAGGAAUUAGAUCUGCAGCAGCAGACAAUGGACUGGGAUGACACGGUAGAUAUUGACCUUAGUCAAAAAUAUCAGAACCCAGACUAUGAGGUAGAUGUCCAAGCCAUUGUCAAGGACAUCACGGAAACCUCCACGACCACCGAGGCGCCCGGAUUCUGGAAGCGCCUCGGCGAGAAGGCCAAGAAUGUUUUCGGUUGAUUUGCAGAGUGUGCAAAAUAAUCAAUUGUGUUUUAUCUAAUGAGCAUUACUGAGUAAUAAAGUUUAUACUAAUGAUUAAAAAAAA